AUGGAUCUCAAGGAACGACUGAACAAGAUCCGCUCGUCGCCGAAGCUGCAAAGCCAGCAGCAGACGUCGGUGGUACUUAAUGCGAUCGAGGACACUCUCAAAAGCCAGAACAGCGACUCGACACCGACCGCGUACUUCGCAGCUUUACUUUCGCUCCUCGGACAGUACAUCUCAGCCGAGAAGGGUCUCGUCAACAAGGAGGUCGCCAACUCGGUUGUAUACCUGCUCGAUCUCGUCACCAGCCAUGUCCCUGCUCCUCUCCUUCGAUCGAAGUUCCCACAAAUACUCUCAAGUCUUGCGCCGGCCUUGACACAUCCCGAGGCAGAGGCACCACUACUCCGAGCGAGCAUAGGAUGUCUGGAAUCACUCCUCAUAGCCCAGGACAUGCAGUCAUGGGCCCUGCCACAAGCUUCCACAAGUCCUCGAGGCGCCAUCGGUGGAUUGCUCGCAUUAUCCAUGGACCACCGACCGAAAGUCCGAAAGCGGGCUCAAGAUGCUCUCAGCAACGUCCUCAAACACCCUCCGCCAUCACCAUCACUCGAUCAUCCGGCUUCAGAAAUGUGUGCUGAGACAGCUGUGCGACAUUUGCAGGCUGCGGCGGAAGAGGCUACAUCAAAGAAGAGGAAGCAGAAACACAAGGAGGAGGGACAAAAUGAUCCGAGCUUGAUGCAUGCCUUGCAACUGGUCAAGACUCUGGCGACGGUAGAUAAUGGAUGGCCGAGUAAGAGGAUAGACGCUCUGUGCGAGCUGUUGCUCAAUAUCUCUCGUGGUAGCAACGAGUUUCUGACAAUGGCCGCAUUCGAGAUCUUCGAAAUCAUAUUUGCCGGUAUGGCAGACGAGGUAUCUUCAUCGAAGCUGCCGAGACUACUGGAGGUCAUAAUCGAGCUUCAACCGUCACAAAACGAUUCGCAACUGCUUCCGCCAUGGAUUGCUGUUCUGAGCAGAGGAUACGAUGUGUCCGCGCAGGUUGAACCCGACGAGACGUUCCAAAAGCUUCCUGGCCUCUUCAACAAGAUCUCUACUUUCCUCGCAUCCUCUUCACACAACAUCCGGGUUUCGGCGUCGGAGUGUCUGAUUUCGUUGCUACAUACGUGUAUACCAGAGUCCGUGCUGCUGGAACCGUCGAUCAUGGACGACAAGACGCUGGAGAAGAUUGCGAAGACGUUACGAGAUCUCUUGAGCGUAAAGUAUCAGACAGCAUGGAUGGAGGUGUUCAACGUUCUCUCGGCAGCAUUCGAAGUCUUGAGAUGGCGCGCACACCCGCUGUUGGACGGCAUUGUGAAAGCCAUUGGUGAUCUCCGUACCGACGAGUCCUUCACUGGCAAAAAAGAGGCAGACGCUGUGCUAUCGGCAGCCAUUCGAUCUGCAGGAGUGGACAACGUGUUGUCCGUACUGCCAUUGAAUCUUGGAAAGAAGGCAUCGGGACCAGGACGUGCUUGGCUUCUGCCCAUCAUGCGCGAGUCUGUCAGCAACACACAUCUCGCACAUUUCCGCUCAGAACUGGUGCCGUUGAGCGAGACCAUGUUCCAACGAGUCCUGAACCACGGUGCAGCGGAGAAGACCAUGGAGAUCAAGAUCUUCGAGACCGUAGUCAGCCAGAUAUGGUCAUGUCUGCCCGGAUACUGCGAGCUCCCACUCGACCUGAGGGAGGCUUUCGACCAGAGCUUUGCAGAGAUGCUCAGCAAUCUUCUGUACGAACAGCCACAGUUCAGGACCGGCAUCUGCAAGGCGUUGCAGAAUUUGGUCGAGACGAAUAAGGCCAUUGCUGAACUAGAGGGCGACGAGGACUUGAUCCAACAAGGACGUGUGACGAAAGCGGAGGCUCAAAAGAACAUCGAGCAUCUCGCCGGACUCGCAGGAAACUUCCUCGCAGUGCUAUUCAACGUCUACAGCCAAACACUUCCCCAGAAUCGCGGCAACCUACUGCAAUGCAUCAACGCCUAUCUCAGCAUCACACCGGAGGCUGAGCUUUUGGAGACCUUCUCGCGUGUCGCCACCAUGCUUGAAUCUUCACUGGCCGAAGCAGGUCCACAAACGCAAGCCGACAAGCAGAAGCAACCUAACAAGGAUGCAAAGGACAAGAUGCCGCCAACUUCUCACACUCUCAUGGAUCUUGUCAUCACCAUUUCGACAUACCUUCCUCGCGAAAGCUUCAGUGGCUUGUUCAUCAUGGCCGCCAACAUCGUGAAUAAGCAAGACGACCCGCAGUUGCAGAAGAAGGCAUACAAGCUCAUUCCACGACUGUCAGAAUCUGAGAUUGGGCGACAGGCGUUGGCGGAGCGGAAUGAGGACCUGCAAGCACUCCUCCUGAACUCAGCGGAGAAAGCUUCAGCGCCUGCACGUCGCGACAGAUUGGCGUCAAUUGCAGAAAUUAUUCCUGGUCUGCCCAAGUCGGAUCUGCACUUCAUCCCAUCAAUCAUAUCCGAAGUCGUCAUCAGCGCGAAGGAGGUCAACGAGAAAGCGCGAACGGCGGCUUUUGACCUGCUAGUGCUCAUGGCAGAGAAGAUGAUCGAAGGUGGUACGGUCGUGAAUGCAAAGGUACCACACAUGGCGGCCGAUGCUCCAUCCGUCGAUGCCAGCUUGGAGGAGUACUUCACCAUGGUGUCUGCUGGUCUUGCUGGCUCGACUCCUCACAUGAUCUCAGCGUCCAUCACUGCUUUGACUAGACUGCUCUACGAGUUUCACAGCCGAAUGCAGGAAUCGACAGUCACGGACCUGGUCCAAACAAUGGACUUGUUUCUGACUUCGAACAACCGCGAGAUUGUGCAGUCAGUCCUCGGUUUCGUCAAGGUCUGCAUCAUCUCGCUCCCGAGCGAGCUCAUGCUUCCUCGACUGGAGACUCUGGUGCCAAACCUGAUCGUUUGGAGCCACGAACACAAAGCACACUUCAAGGCAAAGGUCAAGCACAUCUUCGAGCGUAUGAUCAGGAGAUUUGGCGUCGAGAUCGUCGAGCGACAUACUCCUGAGGCAGACAAGAAACUCAUCGCCAAUAUUCGAAAGAUGAGGGACCGACGCAAGAAGAAGAGAGCGGAAGGCGAGGAUGACGAGACUGCUGCGCCCUCCAACAAGAAGCAAAGCAAGUUCGAGAGCGAGUACGACGAAGCUGUCUACGGCUCGGCGUCAGAAUCAGAAAACGAGUCAGACAUAUCGGACGAUGAGGUUCUCGGCCGCGCUGCCGCAAAGGGUCAGAAAGCGAAACAAGGCGGCAAGCAAUACAUUGUGGAGGACGAAGACGAGCCGCUGGAUCUUCUCGAUCGCAAAGCUUUGGCGCAUGUGUCUUCGACGAAGCCUCUCAAGAAGAACGUCGUAGACGGAAAGAAGAAGAACGCUAAGACUGAUCUUGACGGCAAGCUGGUGUUCAACGAAGACUCUGAUCCGGAGGUCAUGGACUUUGAUGGCGACGAGCCUGGUGAUGGUACUCUUGAGGGUGGCAUCAAUGCAUAUGUGGCCGCGUUGAAGGGCAAGGACGCACCGCAAAAGGGACAACGUGGACUGAAGUUCAAAAACGCUCGAUCGAAUGGUGCUGGCGACGAGGAUGAGAUGGACAUUGAUGAAACGGACGUCAUGUCGGCGAAGAAGAAGCUGGAUGCCGCGAAGAGUCCUCGCGGUGGUAAGACUGCGCCGCAGAGGAGAGGGCUGGGAGGGAGAUUGAGGAAACGGAGAAACUGCAUGACUACUUGGCGAAUCAUUCUCUUCACCAACCCGACAUAG